AUGGCCUCUGCAGGCGUCAUCGACACAAUCCUCCGCCAGCUGGCGACGGUCGACUUGUCCGCCAAGGACAAGUUUGAGGCCGCCGUCACGUUGCGCGACCACCUCGACCACUACACAUCCGGGCCGGUCUACCCACAGUUUCUGAAAAAGGUCAUGCCUGUCAUUAUCGGUAUCCUCAGUGGCCCGCCCAGCUUCCAGAGCGAGUCCUCGGAGCAGAAACUGCGCAACUGCAUGCUGGAAAUCAUCCACCGCUUCCCCUCCAUCCCCUCCCCACCCGAGCCGUUCGAGCCAUAUGCCGAAGAGACCAUCGACCUGCUCUCGCGCCUCAUCCGCACCGACAACGAAGACAAUGCGUGCCUGUGCAUAAAGACCGUCUGCGACAUCCUGCGCCACCAGUCCAAGGUCUGUGGUGCCAAGGCCCAGGCGUUCCUGCUUCUUGUCAAGGACCUGUUUGACCAGACAGAGCUCAUUGUCAAAAGCCAGCUCGACCAUGAGCAGCCGGCCGACGGCUCAGCUGCCGCCGGUGUUGGUGCCGGUCCCGGUGCAGCGGCACUAGCAGCAAGCGACCCAACGGCCCCCUCCACGCCGGGACCCUCACAUCCGCCUGGCUCACCCGUUGCUGGAGCAUCGCUCGAGGUUGACCGGCCGCUGCUCAAGGGCAUGCAGUCGUUCAAGGUGAUCGCCGAGUGCCCGAUCAUCGUCGUCAGCAUCUUCCAGAUGUACCGCUCGCUCAACAACAUCAAGCCCUUUAUCCCUGUCAUCAAGGCCGUGCUCAGCACGCACCCCAAAGCCCAGGACCGCGCGCACGCUGAGGCCAAUGCUCGGGGUGCCAACUUCUUCGGCAUGAGCCCGCUCAUCCGCAACAAGACGAGCUAUGGCGACUACAUUACGCUCAAGGUGAAGAUGAUGAGCUUCUUGGCCUAUGCCCUGCGCCAGCAUGCCGAUCUCAUGGCCGACUUCCUGCCGGCGCUGCCGUCCACCAUUGUCCGGCUGUUGCGUGACUGCCCGCGCGACAAGGCCGCCGCCCGCAAGGAGCUCAUCGUGGCCAUCCGCCACAUCAUCAACUUCAACUACCGCCUGAUCUUUGUUAGCGUCAUUGAGCAGUUCCUCGACGAGCGUACCCUCAUGGGCGACGGCCUGACCGUGCACGAGACCAUGCGUCCGCUCGCGUACAGCAUGCUGGCCGACCUGAUCCACCACGUCCGCGACCACCUGAAGCCGCCCAUCAUCCGCAAGACCGUCGCUAUCUACACGCGCAACCUGUUGGACGACUUUCCCGGCACCAGCUUCCAGACCAUGAGCGCCAAGCUGCUCCUGAACAUGGCCGAGUGCAUCGCCAAGAUGGACGACAAGGUCGAGGCCCGCUACCUCCUAGUCACCAUCCUCAACGCGAUUGCCGACAAGUUUGCCUCCAUGAACCGCCAGUACAACAACGCCGUCAAGCUGUCGGCCGACGUGCGCCGCCAGCAGGCCGACCAGCAGCGCAAGGCCGCUGCAUCGCCCACCGCCCUCGGCACGGCGGCCUUCUCCGAGACGUACCUGGCCGACAUGGACGCCACGGCACCCGCCUGGGACGAGAUCGACAUCUUCACCGCCGCCAUGCCCAUCAAGCUGAUCAACGCGCGCGAGCGAGGCCACGACCCGGUCGUGGACAACAAGUUCUUGUUCAAGACCCUCAUGCACGGGCUGCGGAACACCGUCUUCCAGCUCCGCGCCUGCACCCAAGCACCUGCCAUCGACCCGGCCAUCGCGCCCGCCGGCUGGUCCGAGGUCGCCAGCGGCUUCAACGCCGAGGAGGUCCAGGUCAUUGUCAAGCUGCUGCGCGAGGGCGCCCGCGUCUUCCGGUAUUACGAGGGCGUCAAGGACAAGAACGCCUCCGACGCUCACUACGCGUCCACGGUCGAGUACAUGGCCAACUUUUACAUGGCUUCCAGCAGCAAGGAGGAGAAGGACCUGCUCGAGAUGUUUGCGACCGUCUUCCACGUCAUCGACCCGGCCACGUUCAACGAGAUCUUUGGCCACGAGGUGCCGCAUCUCUUCGCCAUGACCCUCGAGCACCCGGCCCUGCUGCACAUCCCGCAGUUCUUUUUGGCCAGCGACGUCACGUCGCCCACCUUUUGCGGCAUGCUGCUGCGCUUCCUCAUGGACCACAUCGAGGAAGUCGGCCUGGCCGACGUCAAGAAGGCGUCUGUCCUGCUGCGCCUGUUCAAGCUUGCGUUUAUGGCCGUCACGCUCUUCGCUGCACAGAACGAGCAGAUUCUGCUGCCCUACGUCGUCGACAUCAUCAGCAAGUCUGUCGAGCUGUCGACCCACGCCCAAGAGCCCAUGAACUACUUCUUCCUGCUCCGCUCGCUCUUCCGUAGCAUCGGAGGCGGCAAGUUUGAGCACCUCUACAAGCAGAUUCUGCCGCUCCUCGAGAUGCUGCUGGACGUCCUCAACAACCUCCUGCUGGCCGCCCGCAAGCCGGUCGAGCGCGACCUAUAUGUCGAGCUGUGUCUGACGGUGCCCGCCCGUCUCAGCAACCUCCUGCCGCACCUCAACUUCCUGAUGCGCCCCCUCGUCGCCGCCCUCCGCGCUGGCUCGGAUAUGAUUGGUCAGGGACUGCGUACCCUUGAGCUCUGCGUCGAUAAUCUUACUGCGGAAUACCUCGAUCCGCUGAUGGCGCCGGUCCUCGACGAGCUCAUGCCCGCCCUCUACGACCAGCUGCGCCCGCAUCCGUACAGCCACUUCCACGCACACACCGCCAUGCGCAUCCUCGGCAAGCUCGGCGGCCGCAACCGCAAGCACAUGACCGACCACCUGCCCCUGACGUUCAAGCAGUACAUUGACGACGUGCCGAGCUUCGACGUGCGCCUCGUGGGCUCUAAGAAGGACCGCGCCUUCAAUGCCGACCUGGGUCUCGAGCUUGCCCUCCAGAAAAUCAUGGAGGUGCCCAGCAAGCCGGUCAAGGGCCCCAUUCCCAAGCAGUCCGACGCGUACUACAAGAAGCAGGCUCUGCAGAUGAUUGAGGCGCAGAUCAAGAUCCGCAUUGGCUACGACAAGAGCGUGCCCGAGGACCUGCCUCGUCUUGUCCGCCUGCAGGCGCAGGACCUGCUCGCGCGCAAGUUUGACGUCGACCUGGGCCCCUUUGAGGAGAUCCACCGCGACCGCUCCGUUGCCAAGAAGCGCGAUCAGGAGGAGGUCCUGACGCGCCUGCUCAAGGCGCUUCUGUACGCCGAGUCCAUUCCCGAGCUGCGCGACGAGGCCGACGCGUUCCUGAUGAACAUCUGCCGCCACUUUGUCGUGCUCGACGUGGGCCGCUCCCUUGUUAAUGCCAAGAAGGCCAGCACAACGUUUGACGCCACGACGGGCGAAGGACCCCUGGUCGUCGAUGCCCACAUCCUGGCCGACGCCCUGCUGGACUCGCUCGCGUCCAUGCUGCCCGAAGUCCGCGAGGCUGCGCAGCGUGCCAUCCGCGUCAUGUUCGAGACGGCCGCUACCAUCUUCGGCUCGGAGCGCCACGUUCAUGUCCUCGAGUUCUUUGGCCACCUCUCGUCCACCUUUACGCACGGCUGUUACGUUGAAGAGUGGUUCCUCAAGACCGGUGCCUGCCUCGGCAUCCAUACCCUGCUCACUGAAAUCGACCUCGGCGAGGCAUGGGUCGACUCUGUCCAGAUGGACUUUAUCCGCGCGCUGCUCUUUGUCGUCAAGGACAUGCCGCCCGACCUGCCGGACACGACUAUGCGUCUCGCCCAGAAGACGCUCGAGGCGCUCCUGGACCGAGUCACCAAGGGCCUCACCAAGGACGACGUGGUGCCCGCCAAGGACCAUGCCCAUCCACGAGCGGAGCAGGACAACAAACGCAAUUCGCAGACGCCCCAGCCGCCUCAGGCAUCGCCUGCGCCUCAGACGACACCUCAACCCACGCCCACACCCGCGCCCGCCGCAGUCGCACAGGGUACACCGCAGCCGGCGGCAGCGGCAGCGACAUCGACGCCCGCUCCGUCGACCACCGCUGUGGCAGCGCCGAAGAGCACCCGCGCGCGCCGUCUCCCCACGACCUGCAACCUCCUGGCCAUGGAGCUGUCACACAUGAACAAGCACGUCCGCAGUACUGCGAAGAAAUCGCUGGAGCAGAUUGCCAAGAACAUUGAUGCCCAGGUCUGGGAGAUUAUCGAGCCCCACAAGGAGCGUCUGCUCACGCCGCUGUUCCAGAAGCCGUUGCGUGCACUGCCGUUUGCGAUCCAGAUUGGCCUUAUUGACGCCCUGACCUACUUCCUGACGCUCAAGACCGACUUUGUGGCCAUUGACGACGACGUCGACCGCCUCCUCACGGAGGCCCUGGCGUUGUCCGAUGCCAGCGACACGUCGCUGGCCGGCAAGUCCGCCGAGUUCCGCACGCAUAACCACAUUGUCCAGUUGCGCGUGGCGUGCAUCCGCAUCCUCAGCACGGCCAUGGGCUUCGACGAGUACCAGCGCAACAAGGACAACAAACCCAGCGUCACCCGUGCCGCCAUUGUCUCCAUGUUCUUCAAUCGACUCUAUGCCGAUUCCGAUCCGACGAGCGAGGCGGCCAAUGAGGCACUGAAGCGUGUUUUCAUGUACACCAGCAAGCUGCCCAAGGACCUGCUGCAACAGGGCCUGCGCCCCGUCCUCGCUAGUUUACAGGACGCGAAGCGCCUGACGCCCGAAAAUCUCGAACACCUGGCCCUGUUGUUGCGCUUGCUGACAAACUACUUCAAGGUCGAGAUUGGUUCACGGCUGCUCGACCACGUGGGCAAACUGGCGCAGCCGGCCGAGAUCCAGCGGGUGUCGUUUAUGCUCUACGAGCAGAGCGUGCUGAUGAACACCAUUGUCGGCGUCUUUGGCAUCUUUCCGCUGCUGCCCGACGCUGCCCGCAUGUACAAGGAGCGCAUCAUCGACGCCGUGCUCGACCUUGAGGAGAAGCUGCGCCGCACCCACCAUAGUCCGCUGCGUGCGCCCGUCUACAAAUACCUCAACCGCUAUCCCGACGAGUGCUGCAACCUGCUGACAAGCCGCAUUGAACAGCUCAAGUACGGCAGGUUCCUGGCACAGGCGCUGGACGACCCCGACAGCCAGGCCAUCCGCGACUACUGCGACGCCCACGUCGACGAGCUCAUCAAGAGCUGCAACACGAUUGUUGAGGAGCAGAAGGAGACGCGCUUUGUGGCCGUCAUCAACACGGUGCACAUCCUGCACUCGCUGGCCGCCCACCACAGCACGGCCGUGCCCUGGAUGGAGAAAAAGGAGAACCUGAUGUGGCUCAAGGCGGUGGCCAAGACGCUCGAGGAGCGCCUGCGCGCCAACGCCUACCCGCCGGAGCUCCGCCUGGCCGCCAACCAGGCCGCCGAGCAGCUCAUGGCGAUCUUGACCAAGUACCUCGAUCUCCACGUCGACGACACCGACAUGCUGCUCAGCCUGGUCGAGUGCGUCACGGCCGAAGACCUGCGCGCGACGCCCGCGUUCCACGCGCACAUCUACAAGAAGAUUGUCUGCAACGAGUCGGUCGACUUUUGCCGCUCGCUCGUUCUGCGCUGCCUCGAGGUAUACGCGGGCAAGAAGGCCAGCCACAAGACCAAGUCGUACCUGCUGCACAACAUGGUCAACCCCAUCGUCGCCAUGGACGUCAUGCGCCACUGGGACCGCCUGGGCGAGAAGGACAAGGACAAGGGCUCGCCGCUGUUCGCCGACAAGCAGAUUCUCGAGUCCAUCAACAGCAAGAUCUGGCAGGCUAGCAUGGUCGACAGCCAGGACGACGCCGCCGCGGCCGCGGUGGGCGGUGUCGACUACACACGCAUGGAGGUGAUGCAGCUGACGGCGAUGAUUGUCAAGUACCACCACGUCAUCCUGCAGGACCUGCGCAAGGACACCAUCAAGUUUGGCUGGACCUACAUUCGCAACGACGACGCGAUGAACAAGAACGCUGCCUAUGUGCUCCUCGGCUACUUCAUUGCCCAUUACGAGACGCCCGUCAAGAUCGUGUCGCAGGUCUACUACUCGCUGCUCAAGACCAACCAGAGCGAGGGCCGCGCGCUCGUCAGCCAGGCGCUCGAGCUGAUUGCGCCUGUUCUGCCCAAGCGCUUCAAGCCCAAAGGCGACGACCGCAACGCUGCCGUCUGGGCCGCCGCGCCGCGCCGCAUCCUCGCCGAGGAGAGCCACAACGCCCAGCAGACGAGCAGCAUCUUCCAGUUCCUCGUGCGCCACCCGGACCUCUUUUACGAGUUGCGCGAUAAGUUUACCAUGCUCAUCAUCCUGUCGCUGCAGCGCGUCGCCAGCCCCGCCAAUGCGUCCAGCGAGAGCAAACGCCUCGCACUCAACCUCAUGUGGCUCAUCUGGCAGUGGGAGUACCGUCGUGUCGAGGGCAAGCCGAUCGAAGAGGCGAACGGCGCCAUCUCGGGAUCGUCUGCUUCACCCUCGGCAGCGCGCUCCACGUCCGCGUCCCCAAUGUCGCGCAAGCGCCGUCUCGAGGGGGACGAGCCUGGCGACCCGUCGUCGGGCGGCUCGCCGUCGGGCCAGGCGCCGGCUGCACCGGCGGUCGCACCUGUGAAGGAGUACCAGGUGCCGCAGGUGGGCCGGCAAAAGAUGCUGCGUUUCUUGGUCAAAUUCAUUGCACAGCUGAACGAGCGCUAUGAGCUGCCGUCGUCCAAGCCCAAGGACCCGAGCGCCCUGGCCCUGCAGUCGCCGAAUCCCUGGAGCGACAUGUGCAAGAGGUCCAUGGCGCUGCUGUACAACCUGCUGCAUCCGCGCUACUGGGGCAUCAGCGACGUCGAGCUGCAGUCCAAUGCGACGGACGUCGUCCUCGCCAGCGACAAGACGUCCCAGGCCCUGGCCAACGACCAGCCCGAGAAGGAGACCGAGGACAAGUUCAUCAACAACAUUAUCAACAUGCUGCAGGUCGUGCGCGUGAUCCUCAACUUCCAGACCGACGAGUGGAUCGUGGCAAACAUUGAAGUGAUCCAGAAGAUCCUGGAGCGCAGUCUCAAGUCGGACAACCCCGAGGUGCAGGACUGCCUGCACACCGAGACGACCGACCACGAUGACGGCCGCAAGCUCAAGUCGAUCGUGGCGCGCGUGCUUGAGACGGUGCCCGAGGACGUGCAGAUGGAGGACGCCGACGGCGAGGGCGAGUCGGAGACCCAGCAGCCGUCGGAGUUUGUCACGUUCCUGUCCAACAUCGCCACGGAGACGCUCGGCGCCAACAACUACAUGGCCGGCAUCAACAUCCUGUGGUCGCUCGCCGCGCGUCGCCCAACGGCCGUGGAUGUACACAUUCCGGCGAUUCUCAAGGCGCUGCAGGCGAAGCUGGGCCGCGAGCAUCUCGCACACUACGCCUUCAUGGCGACCAUUGCCAACAAUCCGCACCACGCGCGCGCGCAGCAGCAGCAGCAGGAUCCGGCGGCGGCGGCGGCCGAGAUGACGCCCUACAACCUGGAAAUCCAGACGGGCCUCAUCAUCAAGGCGAUCGACGUCGCCGCCAAGCGCAUCGAGACGCUCGGCGACAACCGCCGGCCGUUCCUCAGUGUGCUGGCCAACCUGGUGGAAAAGUCGCAGCACAUUGGCCUGUGCACCAAGAUUCUCGAUAUGGUCGAGGGCUGGGUGUUCAAGUCGGAGGGCACAUGGCCCACGCUCAAGGAAAAGACGGCGGUGCUGCACAAGAUGCUGGGCUUUGAGCACCGACCGGACCUCACGAUGCUGCAGAAGUUCCUCGACCUCGUCAUCCGCAUCUACGAGGACCCCAAGAUUGCGCGCACGGAGAUCACAGUGCGCCUGGAGCACGCGUUCCUCAUCGGCACACGCGCCCAGGACGUCGACACGCGCAACCGCUUCCUCAACGUGUUCAGCCGCAGCCUGGCCAAGGCCGCCAGCGACCGCCUCAUGUUUGUCAUCACCGACCAGAACUGGGAGAUGCUGGCAGACACCUUCUGGCUGUCGCAGGCGUCGCACCUGCUCAUGGGCGCCGUCGAGAUGAACGCGACCGCGCAGCUGCACCCCGAAGACAUCCGCGUGCAGACGCUGUCGCAGCUCUACGGCAUCUACAGCAAGGACAACCGCGAGCCGGAGCUGAUGAUGGACGACAAGUACGAGGCGCUCAUGGCGGGCGUGCGCAAGCACGUGGCCGGCCUGGCCGACGUCAAGGUGCGCGACCUGCUCGAGCCGCUGACGCAGCUGCAGCACACGGACAACCACACCGCCAACGAGCUGUGGGUGAUGCUCUUCCCGCUCUUCUGGGGCGCGACGCUGCGCGAGGACCGGCCGGAGCUCGAGCGCGGGCUCGUCGGCCUGCUCACCAAGGACUACCACAACCGGCAGAUGGACAAGCGGCCCAACGUGAUCCAGGCGCUGCUGGCCGGCGCGUCGCGCGCCUGGCCCGACUGCAAGAUCCCGCCGCACGUCAUGAAGCACCUGGCCCGCAUAUUCGACGUGUGGUACGUGGCGCUGACGCAGCUGGAGCGGUCGGCCAUCUUCCCUGAGGUCGCGUCGGCGCGCGUGCGCGAGAGCAACCUGGACGCGCUCGUGGAGCUGUACGCGGACCUCAAGGAGGAGGACCUGUUCUACGGCACGUGGCGGCGGCGCUGCCGCUUCCUCGAGACCAACUCGGGCCUGUCGUACGAGCAGAACGGCAUGUGGGACAAGGCGCAGCGCAUGUACGAGGCGGCGCAGGUCAAGGCCCGGACGAGCGUGGUGCCGUAUUCGCAGGCCGAGUACAUGCUGUGGGAAGACCACUGGGUGAUUUGCGCGCAGAAGCUGCAGCAGUGGGACAUUCUGCAGGACUUUGCCAAGCACGAGAAUUUCCAGGACCUACUGCUGGAGUGCGCGUGGCGCAACUUUGACAUGUGGCAGGAACAGACGAGCCGCGACCAGCUGGACGGCCUGAUCAAGGGCGUCAUGGACGCGCCGACGCCGCGCCGCGCGUUCUUCCAGUCGUUUAUGAGCCUGCUGCGGUUUCACCACAAGCAGGAGGCGGCGCAGGAGUUCAACCGAUCGACAGACGAGGCCAUCCAACUGUCGAUCCGUAAGUGGCACCAGCUGCCCCGCCGCCUGACCAACGCCCACAUCCCACUCAUGCAGCAGUUCCAACUCAUGGUGGAGAUCCACGACGCGAGCAUCAUCAGCAACAGUCUUUCGACGACGGUCUACACGAAUCUCGACGCCAAGUCGUCCGAGCUCAAGCUGCUGCUGGGAUCGUGGCGCGACCGGCUGCCCAACAUGUGGGACGACGUCCUCGCGUGGCAGGACCUGGUGACGUGGCGCCAGCACAUCUUCAACCUCAUCAACAACACGUACCUCAACCUGCUGCCGGCGCAGGGCGGUGGACAGCCGGCGGGCAGCUCGUCGUUUGCGUACCGCGGCUACCACGAGACGGCGUGGAUCAUUAACCGGUUCGCGCACGUCGCCCGCAAGCACGACCUGUCGGAGGUGUGCAUCAACCAGCUGGGCCGCAUCUACACGCUGCCCAACAUCGAAAUCCAGGAGGCGUUUUUGAAGCUGCGUGAGCAGGCCAAGUGCCACUUCCAGAACCCCGACGAGCUGACCAGCGGGCUCGACGUGAUCAACAACACGAACCUCAACUACUUCAACGCGCCGCAAAAGGCCGAGUUCUACACGCUCAAGGGCAUGUUCCUCGAGAAGCUGAGCCAGAAGGAGGACGCCAACGUGGCCUUUGGGACGGCGCUGCACUACGACAUCACGACGCCCAAGGCGUGGGCCGAGUGGGGCUUCUUCAACGACCGCAUCUUCCAGGCCGAGCCGACCAACUACACCGUGGCGCGCCAGGCGCUGACCUGCUACCUCCAGGCGUCUGCGAGCUACAAGAACGCCAAGGUGCGGAAGCUCAUCUCGCGCAUCCUGUGGCUGCUCAGCCUCGACGACGCGCAGGGCACGAUUGCCAGUGGCUUUGACGACUUCAAGGGAGAGAUGGCCACGUGGUACUGGAUCACGUUCAUCCCGCAGCUGCUCUCCGGCCUCAACCACAAGGAGGCGCCGCGGACGCACGAGAUCCUGCUCGAGAUUGCCCAGACCUACCCGCAGGCGCUGUACUUUGUGCUGCGCACCAGCCGCGAGGACAUGCUGCAGAUCAAGAAGAACCAGGAAGCACGCGAGGCCAAGCUCGCCCAGCAGCAAGCGGCCCAGGCAGCGGCACUGGCACAGGCCGCCAAGCAGGGCAGCGCGUCGCCGUCGCAGACCAAGACCGCCGCCGGUGCGGCGUCCGGCACACCCGCACCUGCCUCGGCCACGCAGUCGCCCCAGCAGCAGAACAAGCAGACGCCGACGCCGACGCCGCAGCCGCAGCCGCAGCCGACCGCUGCCAAGACAGAGGGCGGUGCGUCCCGGCCGGGCACCGCCAACGGCGCCGCGGACGGCACCCCAGCGCCAGCAAACGGAGCCGCCGCUACGACACCCGCCGCGCCGGCCAGUGCAUCGGGCACGCCAGUACCACCUGGGACCACCCCGGCACCUGCGGCCAGCGCAGCCACGCCGGCGUCUGCGUCCGGCACACCUGCACCAGCCAUCAAGACCGAGGCCGGCACGGAAGGCGCUGCGGCUCCCGCCGCCAGUGCUGCUGGAAGCAACAAGGCCAACAGUGCGGCCACGACACCAGUGCCACCGCCUGUGCCUGCGCCUGCGCCUGCGCCUGCGUCCGCCACACCGGCUGCAGCUGGUGCUGCGGCGGGCACGCCGGCACGCAACGGGUCCGCCACACCGGCUCCCAAUGGCGUCGCCGCCCAGCAAGCCAAGGCCGCGGGCGGCGACGGGUCUCCGGCGGCGGCCGCCGCCGCUGCUACCGCGGGCCGCGUGCAGGCCAACGGUGGCAAGCGCCACCCCUGGGACUACAUGGAGGAGAUCCUCGUGGUGCUCAAGUCGUCGUUCCCGCUGCUGGCACUGUCCAUGGAGACGGUGAUUGACCAGAUCCAGAAGCACCUCAAGUGCCCACCCGACGAAGAUGCGUACCGACUCAUUGUUGCUCUCCUUAACGACGCCAUGUCCUACAUCAGCCGGUCGCCUACGUCUUAUAGUAAGGAUGUGAAGCUGCCCACUGCGACUGAGUCGAACAUCAUGCGGUUCGCCGAAACCGUGCUUCCGACGCAUAUCAGGCCCAUGUUUGAAGCCGAGUUCGUUGCGGUGCGCCCCACUAUGUAUGAGUACAUCCAGAACCUGCGUCAAUGGCGCAACAAGUUUGAAGACAAGCUGGACCGCCGCUCCAACAAGGUGCCGCUCGAGCAGCUGUCGCCGCACCUGUGCGAGUUCCGCUACCUCAAGAUGGACGACAUUGAGAUUCCUGGCCAGUACCUGCAGCUCAAGGACAAGAACUCGGACUUUAUCCGCAUCGACCGGUUCAUCCCGCAAGUCGAGCUGAUCCGGACCGUCGGCGUCUCACACCGCCGCAUCCGCAUCCGCGGCCACGACGGCAGCAUCCACCCGUUCGCAGUCCAGCAACCGACGGCCCGUAACUGCCGCCGUGAGGAGCGGGCCCUGCAACUGUUCCGCCAGCUCAACCAGCGUCUGAGCCACAAGAAGGAGAGCCGUCGCCGGGACCUGCAGUUCACGCUGCCGCUGGUCGUGCCGGUUGCGCAGCAUAUCCGACUGGUGCAAGACGACCCGUCGUACGUGUCGAUGCAGACCAUCUACGAAGAACACUGCCGCGAGAAUGGCUUCUCUAAGGACGACGCCGCCAUUCACACCAUGGAGAAGCUGGCGGUCUUGAUCGACAGUAAGACAACGGUACGUUUACACGCUCGUCACCACAUGCCAACGCAGACCAUCGCACUAACAGACAACCCACAGAAGCAAAACGACCAGCAGGCUAUGGGCGCGCGGGCCGAAGUGCUCGAGGCGAUCCAGGCGCGCAUGGUGCCCAACACGGUGCUCAUCAAUUACUUCCAGCGGACGUUCCCCGACUUUGGCGACUACUUCUUGUUCCGCCGCCGCUUCGCGUACCAGUACGCAGCAACGACGUUCAUGACCUUUAUCCUGUGCGCCGACAAGCGCUACCCCCACAAGAUCAACAUUGGCCGGGGCACGGGCAACGUGUGGAGCGCCGACGUGAUGCCCUUCAUGCCCACCGUGAGCCCGUACUUUAAGAACCCCGAGCCUGUGCCCUUCCGCCUCACGCCCAACCUGCAGGCGCUGAUGGGCCCGCUGGCCGUCGAGGGCAUCUUCAGCUGCUCCAUCAUGGCCAUUGCCCGCAGCCUCGCGGAGCCCGAGCAGGAGCUGUCGUACGCGCUCACGCUCUUUGUCCGCGACGAGAUUGUCUACUGGUUCACGAGCAACCGCCACGCCCAGCAGAUGACCGAGGACAAGCUGCGCCGCGCCGUCCAGGCCAACGUCGACGUCGUCACCAAGCGCGCCGUCAGCCUGGCCCAGACGCCCGUCGGCAACCUGCCCGCCUACCAGACGGUUAUUGACUUGAUUGCCAAGGCCACCAACCCGGUAAACCUCGCCAUGUGCGACGUGCUCUGGAUGGCGUUUUUGUAA